CGUGAGCUGAAGGACGGGGAAAACAUUCAGCCAUUAUUCUCUGUGAUCGUUGCCGUUAGGAACUUAAAAGCCAAGGCUUCUCAGAAUAUUUGACAUUUUAGAGCCUUUAACUACACAGUAACAAAAUGCCACGUGGAGGACCUCGUUCGGCUAGUCGUCGAUCUGACACUAGUGAAGCUGAUGCAGAUCAGCAGCUUGCUGAGACUGAGUUGGCUAAAUUACAACGUCAGUACCGUAUCAUGGAAGGUGAUCGUAAUGCAUACAACAUUGAAUCACAGGACAUGAUUCGUAGACAACUGGCUGAGAUCAAGAAGUUGGAAGGAGAAAAGAAAGAAUUGAAUAAAGAUCUGACCUUAUCUGAAAGUAACAGCAAUACGUCAAAGGAUGAAAAUAAUAUCAUGAAGUUGCAAGCACUUUGUGAAGAAAGAGAUGACUAUGAAAGGCUGAUAAAUGAGGAGAAAGAGAAGCAGAGGGAGAUCGAUACUAAGACGAGAGAAGGUGAACGAGAAUUGAAAUCCCAGCAUAAAAACAUGGGUGGUGUGCAUGCAAGUGCAGCUCAUACUAAGCAAACUAUGAAGAACAUACAAGUAUUGGAGAACAGACUAGAUAAGGCAAACAGAAAGUUCAAUCAGAUGUUGACGCGGAAUGCUGAGCUCCGUGAAGAGAUUGAUAGCUUGCGUGUUGAGAGAGCACGUUUUGAAGGAAUUCGCAAGAAACUAGAGAAGGAACGCCAAGAUUUACGCAACGAUAUCGGCAAGGUUAUUGACGAAUCCACCACGGCAUACGACCAGCGUGAUGAAGCCCAAGCUAAAAUGAUACUGUUGAAAGAGAAGGCUGAUAAGGAUAUGUCGCAGCAUAAUGCUGAGAUGAAAGAGCUACAACGUAUUAUUGAUCAUGAUCGCAAACUUCGUGAGUUCAUGAUGAUUAAGAGUAAAGAAAGGGAAGAGGAUGAGUACCUGAGAGCAAUCCGACAGAAAAAAGAAUCUGAAGAAGCCGAGCGUAAACGCAAACAACGUCAAGAAGAUUCCAUUGAGGCAUAUGAAGAGGCAUUUGAAAGGAUUAAAGAAAUCACCGAUGAAGAAGAUUUGGAUAAACUGGUCAACAAAUUCAUUGAAGGUAUCGAUUCCUUAUUCACAAAAAUCAACUGUGACCGUUCUACUAUCAACGACAUGUUGGGUAGUGCUGCUGGUGUUCAAGAUGAAAACAUGAUGAUGUAUUUGGGAAUUAUUGAACAAAAAACCAAUGAGUUGCUGUCCGUCCAGGCUUACAUUCAAGCCAAAGAUAUAGACCGUUCAUAUGAUGUCAAGACAACAGGGCUACUUGGAGAAGGUCCAGCACCCCCUGUACAGACAUUAGCUAUUAUGCCGCCCUCUACAGGUGAUGAAUAUGAUAGUGAUGCAGAUUCACAACUCAGUGAUGAAGAUAAUCGACCGUUAACAGAACAGGAAAUAAAACAAAAAAUUAUGAAACAUGUGUACAAAAAAGAAGCAGCCCAAGCUAAGCGUGGAUUUCAGUAUGAUUUGUCAGGUGCUAAAGACCUGAAAGCCAAGCCUAAAGUUUCUGAUUCCAAAAAGAGGGGUGCCAAACAUUAAUCACAAAUUUAAAUUGUCAAAAAUGUUAAUCUUUAAGAACUUUAUAUCAUCAAUGUAUCAAAUGGUGAUGAUGUUUUACAAGUCUUGAACUUUGAGCUGAAAGGGAAAUCACUCCCAAAGCCUUAUAGGCAUAAUAUCGAUAGGCACCCAAGUAUUUGUCUUCAAUGCUUCUGAAAAGUUCAAAGCUCUUGAUUUAGUCAGCUGCCAUUGGUCAGUGUAUUCAUAUUUUUUUAGAUUGAUUGUUGCAAAUUAUUACACAACUUUCUCUUAACCCUUUGAAUGCCAAACCAAAGUUCGUAAGUUUAUCAAGACCUACAAUGAAAGAAUAAGUCUGUGUGGUCCAAAAUUAAACAAAAAUACAAUAAUGCACAAACAAUGAAAAAAAAAAUAUGACAUUUAAAGGGUUAAGCAGAAAUGCAGACGGUGCAUACUCUGGUUUCUACUUGUUCCACAGCAUCAGAUAGAUUGUAAAUUCAUCAUUCUGUGGAAUGAUUCCACCACAUCCCCUUUUUUGAAUGCUUGCGAUAGGCUUUUAUCUGUACAUUGCUUCCUGACCAUUACAGGAGCAGUGGGCUUUUACAAGGUACCACACAGUCACUUCACUUUGUAGAAUCCUUUGCAUACAUUCUGUAAAAUUAUUAUGCCUUCUGUGUUGCUGUAACAUUUGUGGCCUAUAAGGGCGUAUUAUUGAAUAAAUAUUUCUUAUUUAAGAAGAGAA